UUUUUUAAAUUUGAAAAACCCUUAGAGUGAAGUCAGAGCAAAUAGGUUACGGCAGUAAGACACAGAAGCUUCGAGUACAACUCCAAAGAGCGAAGAAAGCAAACGCACAAAGAAUAACGAGCGUUGAAAAUGCAGCUAGUAGAAAAAGUAUCAAAAAAGAUGAAAGCGUUGCCAGACUUGAAGAAUGGUAUCAACAAACCAGUAAGACAGAAGCGUACCUAUGAGCUGCAAAGGCGAAGAUAUACUGAUGAAUUAUACUCCAAUGAACGUCGAUACGCUACAGGCUCUGAUAAGUCACAGCAUAUUAUGUUUGUUGGCGAUGGAGGCUAUUGUAUUGGUUCCACAAUCAAAAGGCAUUUGAAAUAUAGAGGUCAAUAG